AUGGCUCUGCAAAUUUGUCAAUUUGAAAUAUUAAUAAUAUUUGCAUUGCUUUUUCCUGUUUUUAUGGUGGCAUUUCUGGAGGAUGAGAUUUGUACAAAUGAUAUUUGCUCAAGUGUUGAUAUUAAUUUUACGAGAACCGAUGGAUCCGAUGGAAGAGGAGGAAUGGGAACAGGAGGAGGAACAGGAAAUGGAACAGGAGAGGUAGCGAACGGUUUUUCCUGUGAUCCAUUAAUAUGUCGUGGUGAAGGUGAAUGUUACGCUAAAAAUCGUGAGGUAAUCUGUAAAUGUCUUGAGCAAUAUUUUAUUGGAUCUUAUUGUAAUGUUGAAACUGAUCAUUGUAAAUAUACGGGUGUGUUUGAACCUUGUGAUCCAUUUGGCACAGAACAAUGUAUUCCUUACUUUGGUGGUAGAAACUGUGUUUGCCGAAAGGGUUAUUAUGGUACCGAUUGUCAUAAAAAAGCUAAAGCUCCAUUUGAUGAAUUGGUUUUACGAUCAGCGCCAUCUCCAAUGGUAUAUUUUUUACACGAAAAUGUCGAAGGUGGAAGUUAUGAAAUGUACAUCACCGUUGAAAACGUAUCUGAUACGCAUGGAUUAACUCUAUCUAUUUCUGGAAGAGGUUAUCGUGAAUUUGACAUUAUAGAUUUGAAACGAAAUUACAAAUUAUCUAAAUUUAUGGGAUUGCCUAAUGUUCCAAAUAAAAUACGUCAAAAUUAUUAUGUCAUAGUUUCCCAUCAAUUUCAAAACCCUGGAUUAUUUAUGGUAAAAUUGGAAUUGCACAAUUCAAAAGGUCUCUUCAGUUGGACAACAACGCAUUAUUUUCCAGGAAGAACAUUAAAAAAAACCUUACAAUACGGCCAUUGUCCACCGAAAAUCAUAUUGACUGGUACAGGCGGCGUCUGCUAUCCAAAUAAAAGAACUGAUGAAUAUUUGCCAGUGCUGACAGAAAAUAUAAAAUAUAUGUUUUACUUUAAUUUAAUACCUUGUUUGGAUGAACACGAAGAAACUAAAUUGAAUUAUUUUGUAACUGAUUUAUUUGAUGCGUCAUUGGUUAUCCGAGCUGAAGGGAAACGUGGAACUUCAUAUGCCCAGUGUUUUGUUCGUUUUCAACCAAAAAGACCUAAUGAACCAUAUUCUGAAGUUGUACGUGGAAAAAGUACACGAGAUGAUAUGCUUCGUAAGGAGGAAUAUGAUCCAGAUGAUCCUGAUUAUGAAAAAGAAGAUGUAGAUGAUUAA